AACCCAAUUUUGAAGCAAUUGGUCAACACGAUCAUGAAGGACGGCAAGAAGGCACGCGCUGAGCGAUUUGUGGCAGACGCCUUGUUGGAAAUCAGGACCAGGACGCAGUCGGACCCUUAUCUGGUGGUUCUGGAUGCACUCGAGUUGGCGAGCCCAAUUCUGAAGCUGACGGCGAUCAAGAAGGGAUCGAAGGUGCUGCAGGUCCCUAGUCCGAUGACGGAGCGACAGAGGCGCAGAAAGGCGAUUGUGUGGAUCCUGGAGGCGAGCGACAAGCGCAGGGGCGAGAAGAAGUUCAAGGAUCGACUGGCUAGCGAAUUCUUGGCGGUUGUGAACGGAAACAGUGGAGCACUGGCGAAGAAGAAUCAGUUGCAUAAGAUGGCGUUGGCCAACAGAGCCAAUGCUUCGCUCAAG